AUGUCUUCUUUCGCAGAUAUGUUCUCACUCGCCGGUAAGACCGCUGUCGUCACGGGUGGCACGCGUGGUAUCGGCCAGGCUAUGGCUCUCGCGUUCGCUGAGGCUGGUGCGGACAUAAUUCUCAUCCAGCGCGAUGACAGUAAUAAGGCUACCUAUGAGCAGAUACAGAAGCUUGGCCGUAAAGCAACCAUUCAUGCUGCGGAUCUGGCCGACCAAAACUCAGUCAAGACCAUCAUUUCGGAGCUGACAAAAGCUGGCCAUGAUAUGCACAUCUUGCUGAACUGUGCUGGUGUACAGAAGAGACACGCACCCCACCAAUUCCCAGACGAGGACUGGAACUUCGUGCUACAGGUCAAUCUCAACACCGUCUGGACGCUCUGCAGGGAUUUUGGUGCAUACCUUCUCUCAAAGCCUAAGCCUGCCAAGGGAUCCAGAGGCAGCAUCAUCAACAUUGCAUCUCUGCUUACAUUCCAAGGAGGUAUCAAUGUCCCUGCAUACGCGGCUUCCAAAGGCGGCGUUGGCCAGCUCACAAAAGCGCUCAGUAACCAGUGGAUUGGCGAGGGCAUCAAAGUCAAUUGCAUUGCACCAGGAUACAUCGACACAGACAUGAAUGAAGCCCUGAUGAAGGAUGCCAAUAGACAGAAAUCCAUCCUGGAGCGAAUUCCGGCCGGAAGAUGGGGCAAGCCUCAGGAUUUCAAGGGUCCGGCCGUUUUCCUGGCCAGCGAGGCCAGCGCCUACGUGAGCGGCGAUGUCUUGCUGGUGGAUGGAGGAUGGAUGGGAAGGUAG